UUUCUUAAGGGAGCUUCCAAUUCAUCUGAGUGAAGUGGUUGCAAUAACUUUCUCUCUUUCUUCAUUUUUGGGUGUUCAAGGAAAGUAAAAUAUCUUUCAUAAUAAGCUUUUUAGGGGAAGUUGGGGCAAGAAAAGGAGAAUGCAAGGACAGAGAUGGCACACCCAUUUAGCAUCAUUCAUCUUGUACUGGAUGGCAGGCUGCAACCCAGCUCUGGAGCAGGGAUUAGAAGAAAGAAAAACAGAAGCCAUGAGAAUAGUCAAACAAGAGAAAUGCCCACGUUGGCUGAGUCUGAAAACGUGUGUCUCAUUCUGCAUCUUGAAUGGAUCAUCAGCUUGGAAAGAAGCUAACAAGAUAUGGAGAAAGAAGGAGAGAAAGAAUCUAUUUCACUCUCUCCAAGGGAGAACUAUAUGGACAACCAGGGACUAGAUAUGAUGGGGGAAGAAACAGACAUUCCAGAAAAAACAAGGGAGGAAGAUAUAGCAACCAGCUUGGGGAAUGAAUCAGAGCUUUCCGCUUUCCAAAGGGGAAGCCAGGAGCCUUUCUCCAAGGCACGACAGUUCUACAGAACUCAUGCCCAGUUGUUCCAGAGAAUCCUAUGGGGCCUCCUGUGUACAGCCUAUUUUGCAUAUGUCCUGACGGCCUGUAUCCUGAAUUUCCAAAGAGCCCUGGCUUUGUUUGUCCUCACCUGUUUGGUCCUCUUCUUCUUGGCUUGCAGUCUCAUUAGAAAGCAUUUUGGAAAGAAACUGUUGAGAUACGGGAAGCCCUUUGAAAAUUCUCAGCUGUGGCUCUGGCUAAAAUGGGGUCUAAUUGCAGUUGCCUUGGUCGGCCUCAUCCUGUGGCUGAUCCUCGACACUGCUCAAAGGCCAAAGCAGCUCAUUUCUUUUGCUGGAAUCUGUAUGUUCGUUAUCAUCCUCUUUGCCUGCUCCAAAUACCACUUUGCAGUGUCCUGGAGAGCUGUGUUUUGGGGUCUUAUGCUGGAAUUUGCUCUUGGCAUCUUGGUCAUCCGAACUGAUCCUGGAUUUGCUGCAUUUCAAUGGCUUGGUGAACAGAUUCAGAUUUUCCUCAAUUACACAGUGGCUGGUUCCAGUUUUGUCUUUGGGGAUGCUCUCAUCAAAGAUGUUUUUGCCUUUCAGGCCUUACCAAUCAUCGUCUUCUUCAGUUGUGUGAUGUCUGUCCUCUAUUACCUGGGACUCAUGCAGUGGGUGAUUGUGAAGAUUGCCUGGAUUUUGCAAAUUACCCUGGGCACCACAGCCACAGAGACCUUGAGUGUGGCAGGGAACAUCUUUGUGGGUAUGACAGAAGCACCUCUGCUGAUUCGGCCAUACCUGCCAGACAUGACAUCUUCAGAGAUCCAUGCUGUUAUGACUGGAGGUUUUGCUACCAUUUCAGGGACUGUGUUAGGAGCCUACAUCACUUUUGGGAUUGAUCCUGCAUCCUUGGUUUCUGCUUCUGUGAUGGCUGCUCCUUGUGCCCUUGCCCUGUCCAAGCUGGUCUACCCAGAAGUAGAAGAAUCCAAGUUCAAGAAUAAGGAAGGAGUAAAAUUGCCCCGUGGAGAUCAGAAGAACAUUCUAGAAGCCGCCAGCAGCGGUGCUGCGGACUCUAUAGGACUCAUUGCUAACAUUGCUGCCAAUCUCAUCGCCUUUUUGGCUGUGUUAGCCUUUAUCAACGCUGUCCUUUCCUGGCUGGGGGAGAUGGUGAACAUAGAGGGACUCAGCUUCCAGGUCAUCUGUUCCUAUGUCCUACGGCCCAUUGUUUUCAUGAUGGGUGUGAACUGGGAAGACUGUCCAAUGGUAGCUGAGAUGCUGGGGACCAAGUUCUUCCUGAAUGAGUUUGUGGCCUAUGAACGGUUGUCUCAGUACAAGAACAAACGUCUCUCUGGGAUUGAGGAGUGGGUCGGUGGUGAGAAACAGUGGAUUUCUGUGAGAGCAGAAAUCAUCACAACUUUUUCACUGUGUGGAUUUGCUAAUCUCAGUUCGAUGGGGAUCACAUUAGGAGGCUUAACUUCGAUGGCACCCACACGGAAGAGUGACUUUGCCAAGCUGGUAACAAGGGCCCUCUUGACAGGGGCCUGUGUAUCCCUGGUCAAUGCCUGUGUGGCAGGAAUCCUCUAUGUCCCCAGGGGGGCUGAGGCCAACUGUGCCUCUUUCCUGAACACAACAAAUUUCACCAGUCCUAGUUAUGAGAUCUACGUGUGCUGCAGAGAAUUCUUCCAGAGUAUCACACUCAACAACACUGGCCAGCUCCCUUUUUCACAGCUCAGGACAAGCCCAGAAUUUAGUGCUGAGACCCUUGCCAGCUGCUGUGGAUUCUACGACCAUACCAACUGUAUCAAAAACAGCCUGUUUGUGUAACAAUAUUUGAUCAUAGCUCAUAGAACCUCAAAGGUCUUUGUAGUCAUCUAAUCCAGUGGUAACCCCUACAACUGUAUAUGAAUUUAGAAAACAAUAAAUUAACAUGAUCUAUGUUGUAUUAUAUUUUUAAUUCUUUUGUUAAG